AUGCUAGUGCACAUAUGCCUUAAUAAGUUGCCCCUGGAGUUAAAGGCUCGUUUUGAGCGGCGUUACGGUGGUGAUAGUGAUCGACUGCCCCAGUUUGAUCAGAUCAUCACUUUUUUAGAGGAUGAGUGCCGCCACUAUGAUAAUGUAGGUGAUGCAGCAUUAGUAGAUUCUGCCCCAACUUCCCGUACGUUUGAACGAAGACCCGAAUACUCGCAUACCCAACAAUCUAACCGCCCGCGUAGGGCCUACGUUUCCCAGGACUCCCGACAAUUUGUCCAAACCCUGGAGCACAUAAAAUUAAAUGAAAAGGAAAUUUUGGUGAGUUUCGACGUAGAAUCUCUAUUCACUAACGUGCCGAUAUCGGAAUGCGUCGAACUAGUAAAGUCAAAAUUACAGGAAAAUAACAUCCCGGAUGAAUAUGCAAUAUUGCUUGAGCAUUGUUUGACUUCUGGUUACUUGGUAUAUCGGAAUGAGUAUUAUCUCCAGGUCGAAGGAGUAGCCAUGGGUAGCCCCGUGGCUCCUGUUGUCGCUAACUUAUGGAUGGAGAAAAUUGAUAAUUUGGCAAUUUCAACAACUGCAUUUCCUGUAAAGUUGUGGAAGAGAUAUGUGGAUGACAUAUUUUGUAUUUUGGAGGGAACGGAAACCGAAGUUAUGCAAUAUCUAUCCUAUCUAAACAGCAUCCAUACAAAAUCAAAAUUUACAGUUGAAAUAGAGAAAGAGAGAUCCUUGGCUUUUCUUGACAUCAAAGUUACAGUCCAAAAAGAUGGGACAUUGGGACACACUGUUUAUAGAAAACCAACUCAUACGGACCGAUACCUGCACGCUACAUCACAUCAUCAUCCCAGGCACUUUGACUCCGUAGUAUCAUCACUGGUUGAUCGGGCUUAUGACCUGUGUGACAAGAUACAAAUUAAAGAAGAACUCUUACACGUAGAAGGUGUACUACGGAAUAACGGCUAUAAUAUAGACAUUUCUAGAUGGCGCCAUAAACACAACAAAAGCAGACGCCCCAAAUCAUGUAGUGUGAAACGUCAAAAAACUUUCUUGCCUUAUAUUAAAGGAGUGACUGAUAAGAUAAGCAGACUAUUGAGUAAAUACUCUGUAGAUACUGUUUUUACUCCGCACAGAAAAAUAAAGCAAAUGUUACGUUCACCUAAGGACAACUUUCCUCUACAACAUCCUGGAGUCUAUAAGGUGGACUGUAGUUGUGGGAGCUCAUACAUCGGACAGACAAAAAGAACAAUAGCCCGUCGCAUUGCUGAACAUAUAAAAGCUAUUAAAAACAACGAUCCACGUAAAUCAGCCAUAGCGGAACACUUGUAUCUCUAG